AUGGCUGCUCCAAUGACAUCUUACGCCUCGGCGGCUCCAUCAACAUCGUGGGCCUCACCAUCAACCACUUCCUACGUGAACAUAUACGUCCGAGAGACGUCGUCGGCCGGCUCCUCGAGCUCUUCGCAUUCUCGUUCAUCAUCGUCAACCUCGUCGAAGUGCACAGAUGCCCAGUACUGCCAGACCGGUACCAACAUGACAGGCAUGACCAUUGGGCUGGCGGUUGGUAUACCGGUUGGAGUGUUUCUGCUGAUCAUCGCAGCGUUGAUCUUUAGAGCGUAUCGGAAGAAUAAGAAGGAGACCAAGGAGGAGAUUGAUAAUGAUCCGGACUUCUAUGGCGACUCCACGGCGCUGCCUGACUAUCCAACGUCCAAGGCGUUCUAUAACGGCGAAGACUCCCGUUCUUUGUAUUCGUCCAGCCUUCAGCAGAACAACCCAUUUGCCGAGUCCGCUAGGUACCCGUCAGGGGCAUUCUCAAGCAGAACAGCAGGUGCCGGUGGACAACAGCAGGGCUCGCUGUACAACUACGGCAACGGCCCUCAGUCCUCAGGAGCCAUCUACGAUGCCUUUUCACUGCCAUAUGAGCAAAACCUGGGCUCAAAGCAUUCGCUGGAUGAGUUUUCAAGACAUAUGGGCUCAGAGUACCAAGCGUACCAGCUGGCUCAGACGACUUCAAGAUCGACUUCGAGACCACACUCGCCUUAUAUGACGCCGAACUCAAGCUCGUGGGACAUUGCCGGGGGUCGUAAUACGUCGAGAAACCUGAUGAUUGAAAAGACCAACUCUGAUGAGCCUACGACGACUUCACAUUCUUCCAGAUCAUUCCCAGAGAACAAGCACGUUUCACCAGCGAGAGGUUACGAUGUUGAUGAACAUCCAGUCGAGGAUGGCGAUGUGAAGGGCAGAAGACGAACCCUCCACGAGGAUGAACACCCUCUUGAGCCCCAGGGGCUCCACGACCCAAAGAAGUCCCGAGACUUUGAUCACGAUAAGAGACGGAGCGACUUGUCAUUUGUUGAGAACGAGCCUGAACGGUUGAACCAUAAAGUGGUUGCGUUUAACGAGCCAGUGAAGGAAGAAGGCGUAGAGGAGGAAGAGGAUGAGGAUAUCAAGAGAAUGAAGAGUGUUUACAGGGUGUAUUUUGAUAGGGAGAAUUCGAUGAAGAGUACAAAGAGUGCUAAAUCUACAACAGUUGAGGAAGACGAAGAUAGAGUACCACCAUUGCCAGAUAUUAAUGUUCAAGGCUUGAAUGAGGAUGAACAUGGUGUUCCACCACAAGCUGAGAGUAGCGACGAGGAUGAUUUCCACUUUGACCAGGCUGAAGCUGGCUCUAAGAAUAACGAUACUCUAGGAGUCUCUACACAGAAGCCUCCAAGAGCAGUUUCAUCGAUUUACUCAACUGUUCCCUUGCAGUUUGGUCAAGAUCAACAGCGUUAUCCGCAAGCCCCAGAACAGUCCUAUCAGCAGUAUCCUCAACAAGACUAUCAGCAGUAUCCUCAGCAGUAUCCUCAGCAGCAUUCUCAGCAGUAUCCUCAGCAGUAUUCUCAGCAGCAUCCUCAGCAGUUCCAAUCAUCACCUCAGCAUAUUUACCAACCUCACAGACUCCCAUACCAACAACAACAACAUUCGUCGUCAUCAUCUUCGUUGCAAGAGCCUUUGGAUAAGAUCCCAAAUCCAAGUCGCAUAGACUAUAACUCGAUUGUCUCGGAUACCCAAUACGCUCCAACGAAAUCGUUAACAGGUGGUACUCGUCCACCAAAGUUGGCUGUAAAGCCUUUCAACCCAUUGCAUUACUCUGAUCAGAUCUUUUCACCAACGUCACCUUCGUCACCUUAUUCUCCCCAAUUCCAGCAACCUCAACCGUCAUCAGCCUCUACAAACGACCAAUCAAUACCUUCACCUCAUCAUAUAAGACAGAGUAUCGUGAUGGUGAAUCCUGUGGAGAUUGGUAAGCAAAAGCUAUACAGACCUGCUGGAUCGUUCCAACAACAGAUGAACAGUGCCAACAGCUCGAGAGCUGCAAGUUUGACAUCGCAAAGCUAUGCACCACCACCACCUGCAAACGUCACCUCCACUGAUUUACCACGGUCAGGUUCACAGGCUGACUUGCGGAAACAACUAGGUUCGAGUGAGAAUUACCACUUCAACUGA